UGUCAAAACCAGUACGAUUUUAUUGUUUAACAAUUUUAAUUAGUGAUAAAAAAUAAAAUCUUCCAGGUAGUGGACAUUAUUACCCGUAUAUAUAUAUAUACGACAUCAGGUGUGUACACAGUCACUUACAUUUAUUCUUUCGUCUUUGGAAAAGAAAAUAUAAUCAUCGAGAGGUACAAUUCAACGUUUGAAGGUUUUUAUUUUAUUGAAAAUAUUAUGAGCACACAAAAAGGUAAUGCUCAUCGUUCACGACCGCAGAAGUACCAGAAUCAGUUUGCAUUUAAAAAUAGUCUGCAUGAUACAUCAAACAAGACAAAGAUAAUUAAUAAUUUACAAGUAACCAAUGUGUGCCAGAGAUGCAAACAGAUCAUCGAAUGGAAAAUCAAGUAUAAAAAAUAUAAGCAACCAAAGGCACCUGGAAAGUGCAACUAUUGUGAGCAAAAAACUGUCAAACAUGCCUAUCAUACUAUCUGUAGGGCUUGUGCAAAGGAAAGGAAUGUCUGCCCAAAGUGUGGAAAAGAAGCUGAACUAGUUGUGCCACAAGUGAAUGAACAGGAACAGCUGAAAUUGGACCCUGAAAUACAAAAAAUGCUUAAAACACUGCCCGAAAGAAAGAGGAGAACUUUUGUCAGAUACAUGAACAAACAUAGUAAGUAUACAGAAAUCGUUUGUAACUUUUUGAUAGAUGAGAAGAUAGAUCUUGAUCAAAACACCAAAGAAGAUCAACAGUCUACACAACACGUUCGCGAUGACUUAAUUAUUAAAUUAAAAUCAUUGAUGGUUGAAAAACAGGGGUCAGGGGAGGAGGAAGAGGAAGACAAAGACGAUGAUGAUGACGAUGACGAUGACGAUGACGAUGACGAAAAUCCGGAAUACACUGAAUAACUAUACUUGGA